AUGGCUAACAAUCACUUUUUGGAAAUUGUGUUGGUGCUUCUGGACUCUUCCACUCUCUCUCUGGAACUGAAACUGGUUCUCUUCCAACAAAGAAGAGUGAACAGAGAAAGUUUCAAACUUUUGAAUCAUUUGCAAACCUCAUCCAUUCAGCAGUGUCUACCGAGGAAAAACUUCCUGCUUCCCCAGAAGGCUGUGAGUCCUCACCAGCAUGAGAAAGGCUGUGCACUGACCAUUCUUCAUGAGACAGUUCAGCAGAUCUUCAACCUCUUUGGGGCAAAUAUUUCUCUGGAUGGUUGGGAGGAAAGUCAGAUGAAGAAGUUCCUCAUUGAACUUCAUCAACAACUAGAAUACCUAGAAACGUUCAUGGAACUGCAAGCUGAUCAGAAAAGUGGUACCAUAGGUAGUGACAACCUUAGGUUACAGGUUAAAAUGUACUUCUGAAGGAUUCGUGAUUACCUGGAAAACCAGGAAUACAGCAGCUGUGCCUGGACCAUUGUCCAUGCGGAAACCAACUGGUGUCUAUCCUUUGUGUUCCAACUCACAAGAAAGCUGAGCAAACAAGAAGUGGACCCUUGA